AUGGAAGAGAAAAAGCCCAACAGUGCAGUCUGCAUUCAGCAGCUGGACCGCAGAGGGAGGUCAAGGCGCGGAGCCCAGGCCCCAGGAGCUCAGCUCACCCCCCACCCGCCCCCGCCGAGUCAAGCCCCCGGAGAUGCGCGGCGCCCAGCACCCCAGCGGUGUGCGGCUCCGCCGUGCGGCCUGUGCCGGCCCCGGGCCCCGCUCCCCCCCGGGCACCUCGAUCCCCCUCGGGCCCCUACUCCGUCGCUCCCCGCCCCGGCUGGAGGCAGGGCAGGGGGAGCUCCGGCCGGCCCCCGCGGGGCGGAGGUCACCCGCCUCCCCCCGCCCUCCGCCCAUGGGCGCCGGCCCCGUCCAGCCGCCGCCGCUCCGGCCCCGCUAGCAGAAGGAGGCGGCGGGGCGCGUCUGUCGGCGGCGGCUGCUGUGUCCGCCUCGCCGCCCGCGAGCCGCGGCGCAUGGAGACAACGGCCGCGCCUGUGUGCUGGGGUAAGGCGUGAUUCCCGGGGACCUGGCGCAGCGAGGGGGCGGCAGCUGGGCAGGGCUCUGCCCCGUGGGGCGGCGGCGGCCCGGGGCGGGUGUCCGCGGAAAGUUUGCGUUACUCCGGAGCGCGCUCCGGGAAAGCAGCAGCUGCAGCCGCCCCGCGGCGCGGUGCCCUCAGCGCGGUGCUCGGGAGGCCAGCAGAGAAGAGCCGCUGAGGAGGAGGUGGUUGGGGGGCAAGAGAUGGGAGGGACGCGGGGGACAGCCCGCAGGCUACGUCUGGGGGUUCACUGGAGCUGGGCUGCCUUCCUGCUAAUGCUGUACCCCACCCGGCUGGGGCCGGGGCUCACAGUAUGUAUGCAACUGCAGGAGCAAAGGAACCCAUCUCCUCAGAAAUCUAAACGUGUUGUUCUUUUCAUCCAUCUUCCUCUCAUCUCUGGAAGCUCCCUCCCUAUUGGACUAGGCAGCAAUUAUUCCAAUCUCUAUGAGCAGAGCAUCCUGCCAUGUAAAAAAGAAGAACUGCGGUGUGGUGACGGACUCUGCCUCUUAAACUGGCUGCGCUGUCGCAACAAGAAGGACUGUGGCAGAGACUACAUGUCCAUCAAACUAACAUGCUCAAAAGUUCACUUGAACCAGAGCAACGCAGCCAGUGAAUUCCCCAGCUAUGGUGAAAAUGGAAACGAUACCAGUUUACUUGUUUCACCUCUCCUGGUGGCUGGAGUAGUGAUUGGACUUGUGCUAUUUCUGUCCUGCAUUACAAUCAUCGUCGGCAGCCUGCGAAAGGACAGCCGGUUAAGACACCCACAUCCCAGGAGAGAUGCUGUUUAUGCUCCAGAUGGCUUCUCCUAUGGUGGCUCCUUUGGAGAGCUGAGAUCCACCUGCAUGGAAGAGUUUCCCCCAGCUUUUGAUUUUGGUUCCUAUCUGGAUACACUUUCUCAGGUCAACGUCAUGUAUCCUGAUUCACCUCCAUGCUACGAUGAAUGUGUGGGGCCAGGAGCAACACAAAUCUAUAUCCCCACAGAUGAUCCCCCCCCAUAUUCCCUUAUGGACCCUUGCCAAAGAAAUGAAAUCUCUCUAAACAUUAGCCUGGAAGAAGCAGCAGCAGCACCUGGGACUACAGGACAGGCUGCAAACCGUGCAGUCAGGCUGCAGGACCUGCAGCAGUCCAUUUCGUCCAUCUCUCUGUCAUCUCUCGCUCCGGAGGCUGCUCCCCGGUACGAGGCCGUGGUGUGUGAACAGAACAUCCCCAUCCCACUUGUCCCAGUGGAAGUACUGAAAAACUCUCCCACUGCCUACCAGACCCUUCUGAACAGAAUCAUGUGA